AUGGUAACGACUGGUCAAAUACAAGCCAUUAUUCCGUAUCCGGUGUUGGAUGAUUUGGCGACGAUAGAGUCUGAUAUUGAUAAUGAUAUCCAGAUUGUUUUGGACUGGAUGAGCCCGACAAUUCCACUGACGUUUGACCCCAAAUUUUCGUUACCCAAAUAUAAGGAGCCUUCACAUCGUGUUAGGCUGGCGAUUAAGAGCUGUUUAAAGGACCAAGAGGAUCAAUUCCGGUUUAUGAACAUAUACUUGAACUCGGUUAACUUGAAACUUUGGGAGUUUACACCAAAAGAUUUUACAUUUGUCGAUUAUAUCGACUUCAUCAAGCUUUUAGCACAUCAUCUUGAUCAAGUCAAUUUGAACAAAACAAGCCUUUUUAAUGAUAAAUUCCAAACAAUACUAACGCUAUAUCUAUCUAAAAAGACGGAUUUUUUUCAACAUCUUAGGGAAUUCUUUGACAAGUCGCUAUUUCAAAAUCAUGCGCCAACAGCAUUAAACCUCCAUGAUGUGGUUUCAACUUUAGUUUCGGUUGGAUUGUCUGAUUACUUGAAUGAGAUUGUCGUGGAGCUAGCGAUUACCAAAAUACGGAACUUCACUUUGCAAGUGUGCACUGGCAACUGGGAAAGACCCCUACUACACACAAUCAAUUCAUAUAUCGAAAAUGAAAUAUAUCCCAGCUUUUCACUUGUUACAGAAUCAAACUUGACUCAGGAACUAGUGAAGCUAGCUCAUGGCGUAUUAGUCACUCAAAGAAUAAAAGAAAUAUACCCAUUAGUUGCCGCAUACCCUUAUAGCGAGAAUGCACUUGUGGAGCUACAAAUUUGCUUGCUGGAAGCGAACCGCGAGCCGGCAUCGUCUAGAAGCGAGCUAGUAAAGCAUUUUAUUGAAGGAUGUCAAAAAAACCUUUUGCAUGCCGGUGUGAACACCGUGGAUGUAAUCAUCACCUACACCAAAACCAUCAAGUCGUUUUUGUUGAUUGAUCCUAGAGGCGUGCUAUUGGAUAAGGUAGUGAGGCCAAUACGUAAAUAUUUGAAAUCAAGAGAAGAUAUUUUCACCAAAUUAGUCCACGGAUUGUUGGAUACAUCGCCGUCUAACAAAUUGAUAGAGUUGGCGCAACAGUUGAAUAACUCGGGUCGCUCAGAGAAGCAAAAGUGUGCCUACCAUGAUUUGUCAUGGAUACCAGAUCCAUUUGACGCCUUGCCUGAUUUCAAGAGAGAAAAAGUCAGCGAUAUAAUAGAGUCACUCCUUUCCAUUUUCGAAUCAAAGGAAAUAUUCAUUCAAGAGUUUACAAAUUUAUUUGGAAAGCAACUAAUCGAGUCCAGACAUGUGAAUGAAAUUGAUUCAAAAUUGGAUGUUUUAAAAUUGAGAUUUGGUAAGAAUAGCUUUACCACUUUGGAUAUCAUGAUUCGCGACUUCAAAAAUAGUCCAUCGCAAUUUGGCAUCUUGUCUCAUUUGUACUGGACAACUCUUUUAGAUGGUACGGACUUUAAAGUUCCAAAAGAAAUGGAAUCGGUUUUCCAAGACUUUCAAGAAAAGCACAAAAAGGAAGGAAGGAUUUUGAAGCUCGUGCCGAGUUUGGGUACCGUUAAAUUAAAACUUGAUUUGAAAAACGGAGAAAGUCGCUUGUUUGAAGUGAGUCCAGAGAAAGCUGCUAUUGUCUUACAAUUCAAUGAAAAAGAAAAUGAACGUUCUGUCUAUCAAAUUGCCGAAACUUUGAAUAUGCCUCUGUUCAUGGUAAAUGAGGGAUUGGCGUACUGGGUGAAAGAAGGGAUUCUAAUUGCCCUAACCCCAAGCUUGUACAUUGCUGAGUAA